GGCGGCUUUGGCAUGAGCUCCUACACCCACGGCCUCGCCUCCGACUGGGUCAUCGGCGCCGACGUGGUCCUGGACAACGGCACCCUAGUGCACGCCUCGGCCUCCGAGAACGCGGACCUCUUCUGGGCGAUUCGCGGCGCCGGCUCCUCCUUCGGCAUCGUGGUCGACUUCGAGGUCGACACCUUCGAGGCCCCGCCCGAGCUGACCUGGAUGACCAUCGACACGGGCCUGACCACGGCCGAGGCCGCCGUCGAGGGCCUGCUGGCCUGGCAGGACUACGUUGAGAACGACAUGCCGCGCGAGAUGAACAUGCGCAUGUUCAUCAGCUCGGGCGGCGCGCGGCUGGAGAUCUUGUACCACGGCAACGAGGACGAUGCAAGGGCCGCCAUUGCGCCGCUGGAGGAGCCGCUGAGACUCAACUGGAACUCGUUCUUUAAUAGGGUGGGGACGGGUGAUUGGAUCGCGCAGAUGACGGCGUAUGCGAAUGGGGAGAGGCUGGACCAGUCGUACCCGUAUAAUGCGUUCGACAACAUGUACGUCACUAGCCUCCUCACCAAGCACAUCCCCCAAGAGGCCAUGGAGUCGUUCGUCGACUACUGGUUCGUCGCUCGCAGCCGGAGCAGCAGCUUCUGGCUCCAGAUGGACGCCUACGGCGGGGCCAACUCGGCCGUCACCGCCGUGUCGCCCACCGAGUCCUCGUACGCGCACCGCGACAAGCUCUGGCUGUUCCAGUUCUCCACCGGCUUCCGGGAGACCGUCCCCUUCGUGCAGGGCUUCGCCGACAGCCUCAAGGACAACCUGGCCUGCGAGGACUGGGGGCGAUACAUCAACUACGUCGACCCCGAGCUCAGCCGGGACCAGGCGCAGCUGCAGUACUACGCCGCCAACCUGGAGAGGCUGCAGCGUAUCAAGGCCGAAGUGGAUCCGAAUGACCGGUUCUAUUAUCCGCAGUCCGUCGAGGGGGCGUGAGGGACGCGGGUUGCUGGGAAGGAAAAAAAGAAGAAAGAAAAAAGGAAGACACCAUUCGACGGGGAUGGGAGACAUGGAGGAGAAUAGGACAGAACAAACGUUUGUUUUGAAUAGAACCCGUAGCCAAAAGUGGCUUUUAUGCUUCUUCGCCGA